AUGGAAUCUGACCUGUCUCUUACUGCUUCUGGUCCUUUACGACAAAUCGGCUUUGGCAACUGCGGUUCGGUUUGGGGUACAUUGAAGCGCAAUGCCCACAACAAUGCCGACGUCGACGUCGACGUCGCCAUGAUUAUCAAACGCGAAGACGCAAGUCCAGGCAGGGACAUCAAGAACGAGACCCUCGUUCAGUCGCAAGCAUUCCGCGCAGCAAGCACCCUACAGUUGACCUCCAUCCCCCAAUGCUUUGGUCUCGUGAAGAGCGACGACAAAAGAUGGCAGCAGCUCCUGCCACUCCUGCCCUCUGGACUGAAAGCAUGCAGAGCCAUGAUUGCCGAGAAAAUCAACCCGGUAUCGAGACAGGCGCAGCUGCUCCUCAUCAACAAGUACUGCCCAGCGUCGCACCGCGAGGCGCUCCGAAGAUCGAUAGAGGCACGGGACGGAGAGGGCGAGCAUUGCCUGGUUCGCCUGUAUCUCGGACGACGAAGACAUGUAUACGCGCGCAAGGAGCAGCAUCGCCCCCGGCCGCAGUUCUUCAGCCUCCGCAAUUACCCCCUUCACGCCGACCAGGCCCAAGACCUCGGGCUCCCUUGCAAGCAGUACGCCAGGGCCAUGGCAGAGGCACUCGCGACGCUGCACUGGCAAGUCAGGACGAGUGGGAACGAUGUCGAAUUUGUGCUGGGUGCCCGCAGAGGCGGGGAGGGAGAUGCAGACAUGCCCCUUGAGGAGCAUGCCGUCUGGAUGCUUGACUUUGACUGCUCCAGGCCGAUUGAGGCGAAUGACUCUGGUCUGGAGUCGAUUGCUCGGGCGUUUUGGCGCAACGAUCCGUACUUUCCUCAGCCGGGCAGCGCCUUGGAUCAGGGACGAGAACUGUGGGAUAUCUUUGCCGCCGAGUAUCGACGAGUUGGGAUGGAGGCGGCCCGGGCUUAUCGUCGUGAUGGAGAAGAUGUGGAGAGUUUGUGUGCUUUGGUCGAGGGUGCGUUGGAGAGGAUUGAGGAAACGAAAGGGAAGUGGACGGCUGGGGCGCAUUUCUAG